AAAUAACACUGCUGAAUGACUUCUCUGCUCUUACCAUCUCCUAAAUUGCAUUAUGCUCUCAGACUAAAAAAUGCUAUUGAAGAGCUCAGCAGCCAGAUAGUGUCUGCACGCAGCUGGUUGGAACAGGAACGCGAGAGGAUUGAAAAAGAGCUCGUGCAAAAACUUGACCAACUCUCACUGACUUUUAAGGAGAACACAGAAAUGAGUGAAAGAGCUAUAGAGAUGAAAUUUAACCAGAUGUCAGAGAAAAUCAACAAAAUAGAAGAAAUACAGAAGAUAACCAUGGAAGCACAUGAAACACAACAGUCUGAAGAAAAGAUAAAUAUUCGUAUUGGCAAACUUCAAAAUGAGAUUAAUGAAGAUAUAAAAGAAAUGAAAGCUGAAGUUAAUGCUGGGUUUGCAGCUAUCUAUGAGAGCAUUGGAUCUCUACGGCAAGUUCUAGAAGCAAAAAUGAAACUUGACAGAGAUGAACUACAAAAGCAGAUCCACCAAAUGAAGCAGGAGGUUCCAAUGUGGGGAGAGGCUGGACCAUGACUGCAAGAUUUUGACUGAGAUGAACACUUACUUGUCUGAAUAGGCAGACUAUAGCCUUGUUCCGGUCUGUAAUCCAAAUUAAAUGCAUGUACUGAAGGACAUGCUGCUGUUGCACAGGUCUGUAUGUUUACUUUGAGUGGUAAAUGCAAGCUUUUAAUAGACCAAUUGACAAGAAGCUUUUAUGGGCUGAGGUGCUCACUUGCCACUGCACUACUCUAGCUGCUCUCAGGAGAUUACCAACUGUAAAACUGGAGUAAUAUAUUGGUGAAGCUGGCACCUAAUUUGCUAACAGCGUUUCAGUGCUCCCCAGUUGUGUAGGCUUGAGCAGGCAAUUAUAUGCUUAUAUAUAUAUAAGCAUCUGCACCCCUGCUUUUUUUUUUCCUUUUUAUUUAGAAACAAAAAGACACAAAAACCCAAACCAAGUUGAUAUCACUCGUGUAGUAUCAGUUUGGCAAGGCUCCCAACCUUGAUAUACAUUACUGUCUUUGAAGUUGAUGGACAUUUUUGCAGUGACCUUCUCUAUCAUUACAGGACAUUGACUCCUUGUGAGGCAGAACUGGCACUGGACAGACCAAUUUUCAAACCCCCUUUUGUUUAGUUGUGCAAAUAUCCUGCGUGCGCACGUGUGUGUAAACUAAAUAGCAUUAUAUAAUGUAGUCGUGGACUAAAAAUGAUUCAUGAACAAUGUAAGAAACAACUUGUGGUCUUCAGUAUUGUGACCUUUUCAGAUGAAUAACCAAGUGGACUUGAGAAGAGACAAAAAUAUUUAUAUAACGGUAUUUUUUACUUGGGCAUGUGUUCUUGUGACUUGUUUCAUUUUAUUGAUAAAAGCUUUGAAAGGUUUGAGAAGAAAAGAAAGUGAUAAUCUAACAGUCUGGAGAAUGCGAUGUAAAAUAAAAUUCAGUUUAUGAUCAGAUUAGACAUUUCUGUGAAGUUCAACAACUAACUCUUCAAUAAUUUAGUAGGUUUGAUUUUGUAAUCGAGUUCAUGCUGUUUCCAAAUAAUAACGGUCUAUUUUCAUUCCCAUAACAGAAAACCCACUGAAAAUAAGCACUCAUACAAAAUGCUAACCUAUGUGGGAAAAUAUAUAUUUUGAUUUGAUAUUAUCAGCCACAACUUCAUUUCCCAUAUCUUUUCAAAUCAUGUAGGAUUAAGCACUCACAAAAGGCUUCAUCUGGCAUCCUAUUAACUUGUACAGGUCACAGUAAUUCAUAUACAAAAAUGCUAUUAAUUUAUACAAGCAUUACUGCUAACUUGUAUAAAUUGAUAGGAUGUCUUUCCACUGUCUUUGUAGACUGAUUAUUUUUCUGGCUAAUGCUGCAAAACUAGACUCUUAAUUGGACAACCUGUGGCAAGUGUUUCUCCACUUCUACAAAAUAAUUUAUGGCCCACAGACUUACCAUAGUAAAAUAAAUAAAGGCUCUAAAAACAUUCCCAUUACUUUCACUGGGACAGUAUAUUGUGGGAAAAAAAAUAAAAAUCAAGAAAACAUGCACUAAUCUUUACAAGAUUACUGCCUAAAUUUGUAUCCACUUCCUAUGUAGUUGCAAAAAUUUCAGGUAUCUUUGCAUUAAAAUACUUUCAACUUUGACUUCCAGUGCUCUCCAAUAACCACACUGCCUCUGUUAUUCCUGUUUUGUACCAUCCAUGUACUGUGAAGUAUAUUUACGAUGGCAGCUAAAAGGGAAGCCCUGUUCACUAAAGGAAGACAGUGCAAUUCUCACAGAUGUGUCUUGGGAAUUGUCUAAAAAUUAAUUCUUUCUUCAUGUAUUCUUCUCUAUUCUUAAAUAUUUAGCCAGGUGCAAUGGCAAUGCUAUCUCUGGUGUUUUGUAAAAUUAACAAAAACCCUGAAUGUGUGAAGAAGCAAGAAGCGAUGGAACAAAAACUCAACACCUUUUCUUCUGUAGUUGCAAAUACUCUAGAGAGUAUUGUACAAUACACACACACAAAAAAAAAAAGCAUAGAGGGAAACAGAUAAACAGUUAUAUAUGAAUUUAAUAAAAUGUUUCUCUUAUAAAAUGUUGUGUGAUUCAAGGUUAUAUUGAAUCGCUAUGACCCUGCAGGGAAAACUCCUUAACUCCUGCUCCUUUGAUGAACUCAAAUAUGUUAUGCUGGAGAUUGCUUUUGUUCCACAUGCUUGGCUAUGAUGCCAUUAUUGCCUGAAUUGCAGGAUAAGACUGGAGGGUCUUCACAAUUUGUGCUUACUAUAAAGCUUAAGCAAUAUCAAAACUCAUUAUACAGUGAAGCAGAUCUUUCCUCCCCUCUGGCCUUUCAUUUAAUAUAAAUUCAAUGGUGGUACAAAGGCGUGCAACAUUUUUUCCUAGGGGAUACAUGGCUUUUUAAACAAAGAAUAAGAAAAACCAGGAAACCCGAAGAUCUGCUAAGCCCUUCCAAACCAGCAUGAGAAU